AUGGUGCAAUCAGUUUUUGGAGUAUGGGACUAUAUUAUAAUGGUUGCCACGAUGGUGUUAUCGGUACUUAUCGGGUUAUAUUUUCGAUUCAGCGGCGGAAAACAAAAAACAAAUGAGGAAUAUCUUCUAGCCGAUAGGAAUAUGUCAAUAUUUCCUGUGGCAGUCUCCCUGGUAGCAUCAUUCAUGUCAGCUAUCACCCUCAUGGGAGUGUCAGCGGAGAACUAUUACUAUGGCAUGAUUUUUUUUAUUGUGAACAUAGCCUAUGGCAUUGCCACACCUAUCGCAGCCUAUCUCUACCUUCCAGUGUUCUUUGGUCUACAAAAAACAAGCACGUAUGAAUAUUUGGAAUUGCGUUUCGGGCCGAAUAUCCGGAUGUUGACAUCGCUUACCUACACAUUGCAAAUGAUACUUUACAAUGGUAUUGUGCUGUACGCCCCAGCGAUCGCUUUGGAAGCGGUGACAGGGUUGGACCGGCUUAUUUCCAUUUUAGUGGUUGGACUUGUCUGCACAUUUUAUUCGUCUUUAGGCGGAAUGAAAGCAGUUUUAUUUACGGAUCUAUUGCAAAUGUUUUUAAUGUUCGCUGCUGUUACGACAAUACCAAUAUUUGCUGCGAUUCAAAUGGGUGGAAUCAGCAAGAUAUUUUCUAUUGCUAAGGAAGGCGGAAGGCUUGACUUCUCGAAUAUAAGCCCUGACCCAACAGAAAGACAUACAAUAUGGUCACUCGGUAUCGGAGGUUUUUUUACGUAUCUCUCCCUGUAUGCAGUUAAUCACACUCAGGUGCAGCGUCUAAUGACUGUUAAUAGCGUGGAAAAAUCUCAGAAAUGUCUAUUGUGGAGCUGGCCCGUCACAGUGCUAUUGAGUUUCGUUACUUGCUUAAGUGGGUUGGCGAUGUAUGCAGUCUACAAGGACUGCGAUCCGUUCGUAUCUAAGAAGAUAUCGGCAAUAGACCAGCUGAUGCCAUACUACGUGGUAGACGCGAUGCGUUCAGUGCCAGGUCUGGCAGGACUUUUUGUGGCGGGAAUCUUCAGCGCUUCUCUUUCCACCAUUUCCGCCUCUUGCAACGCGCUCGCUGCUGUCACUCUCACAGACUACGUUAACAGGUGGUGUAAAAUAAAGGAAGAUUACAUAAUAUGGCUGACGAAACUAGCGGCAUUUGCAUAUGGUUUAGUGUUCUUAGUGCUGGCAUUUUUGGCUCAAUAUUUGGGUGGAGUGCUGCAAGCAGCUCUUACGAUAUUUGGGGCUGUGGGUGGACCGUUAUUUGGAGUAUUUACUUUAGGAAUGUUCACUACGUAUGCUACUGAAAUGGGCACAUCGUUGGCUUUAAUAAGCGGACUCUCAGUGACUUUAUGGAUUAGUUUUGGGGGACCUCGGCCGUCACCUGUCAUGCUACCCCUUAACGUUGACGGCUGUUCGAAUUUUACUGCACCCCUGGCGAUGACGUCAAACCCCACAGAUUAUUUCUACCUGUACAAAUUAUCUUAUAUGUGGAAUAGUCCGAUAGGAUUUGUAUGGGUCUUCAUAGUGGGUUCUAUAAUAUCGCUGGUCUGGCGUCAGCCUCAGCCAUGGAUGCGAGCGGGAAAACGCCAUCCUGAUCCUAAACUCUUCACUCCUCCACUCGCCAACUGGCUGAGGAGGAAAUAUCAAAUUAAAGAAGAGGUACAGGUAGAGUAA